ACCCUCCACGUUCCCCUCGCGGCGCCCCUGAGAUGAAGGAGAAAGAGGCACGGCUCGCCGCUCUAGUCCCGGCCCCAUAGUCGGUCGGACGGGGGCGCAGGGCGGUCGCCGCGCGGGGACUACUUUCCCUCUCGCGGAGGGACUACUUCGCGGAGGCAUCAGCGUGGCGGCGCGCACGGCAUGGCGGCGGCGGCGGCGCGCCAGAGGUAGAGGGACGCCGGCCCGCUCAGGCCUCGGCGCGGCCUACACGCUUCGCUCGCUCGCUCCCGCCCCGCGCCCCGCGCCCGGCCAUGGCGGAGCCCUCGCCCGCCCGACGCCCGGUGCCCCUCAUCGAGUCGGAGCUGUACUUCCUCAUCGCCCGGUACCUAUCGGCCGGCCCGUGUCGGAGAGCCGCCCAGGUGCUGGUGCAGGAGCUGGAGCAGUACCAGUUGCUGCCGAAGAGGUUGGACUGGGAGGGCAACGAGCACAACAGGAGCUACGAGGAAUUGGUCUUGUCCAAUAAGCAUGUGGCUCCUGAUCAUCUGUUGCAAAUCUGCCAGCGCAUUGGUCCCAUGUUGGAUAAAGAAAUUCCACCCAGUAUUUCAAGAGUCACUUCUUUACUUGGUGCAGGAAGGCAGUCUUUGCUACGUACAGCAAAAGACUGCAGGCACACAGUUUGGAAGGGCUCUGCCUUUGCUGCUCUUCACAGAGGAAGACCUCCCGAAAUGCCGGUGAAUUAUGGUUCCCCACCAAGUCUUGUGGAGAUACAUCGAGGAAAACAACUCACAGGGUGUUCCACUUUUAGCACAGCAUUUCCAGGAACCAUGUAUCAGCACAUCAAAAUGCACAGAAGGAUUCUCGGACAUCUGUCUGCUGUUUACUGUGUAGCAUUUGAUAGGACAGGACAUAGAAUCUUUACAGGUUCAGAUGAUUGUUUGGUGAAGAUUUGGUCAACACACAAUGGCCGCCUAUUAUCCACAUUAAGAGGUCAUUCUGCAGAAAUUUCAGAUAUGGCGGUCAACUAUGAGAAUACGAUGAUCGCUGCAGGGAGCUGUGAUAAGAUCAUCAGAGUGUGGUGCUUGAGAACUUGUGCCCCGGUCGCUGUGCUCCAAGGACACACGGGGUCAAUCACAUCUUUACAGUUUAGCCCAAUGGCCAAAGGCUCCCAAAGAUACAUGGUCUCUACUGGUGCUGAUGGGACAGUUUGUUUCUGGCAGUGGGAUUUAGAAUCCCUGAAAUUCAGUCCACGUCCCUUGAAGUUCACGGAGAAGCCUAGACCAGGUGUUCAGAUGCUUUGUUCUUCUUUUAGUGUUGGUGGUAUGUUUUUAGCCACAGGUAGUACUGAUCAUGUAAUCAGAAUGUAUUUUUUGGGUUUUGAAGCACCUGAAAAAAUCGCGGAACUUGAAAGCCACACGGAUAAAGUUGAUAGCAUCCAAUUUUGUAACAAUGGUGAUCGGUUCUUAAGUGGUAGCAGAGACGGAACAGCACGGAUUUGGAGAUUCGAGCAGUUGGAAUGGAGAAGCAUUUUACUGGAUAUGGCGACCAGAGUCUCAGGGGACUUAUCUUUGGAAGAGGAAAGGUUUAUGAAACCCAAAGUAACAAUGAUAGCUUGGAAUCAGAAUGAUAGCAUUGUUGUCACAGCCGUGAAUGAUCAUGUCCUUAAAGUGUGGAAUUCUUACACUGGACAGCUGCUUCAUAACUUACUGGGACAUGCUGAUGAAGUCUUUGUCUUGGAGACGCAUCCCUUUGAUUCCAGAAUUAUGUUAUCUGCAGGACACGAUGGCAGCAUAUUUAUAUGGGAUAUUACAAAAGGCACCAAGAUGAAACAUUAUUUUAAUAUGAUUGAAGGACAAGGACACGGAGCUGUUUUUGACUGUAAAUUUUCACAGGAUGGACAGCAUUUUGCCUGUACAGAUUCUCACGGACACCUUCUGAUAUUUGGGUUUGGAUGCAGCAAGCCAUAUGAAAAGAUCCCUGAUCAGAUGUUCUUCCAUACCGACUAUCGACCACUGAUUAGAGAUUCUAAUAAUUAUGUCUUAGAUGAGCAAACUCAGCAGGCUCCUCACCUUAUGCCUCCACCGUUCUUGGUAGAUGUCGAUGGAAAUCCUCAUCCAACUAAGUAUCAGAGAUUAGUGCCGGGCCGAGAAAAUUCCGCAGAUGAACAUUUGGUUCCACAGCUAGGCUAUGUGGCAACAAGUGAUGGAGAGGUGAUUGAACAAAUUAUAAGCCUCCAAACCAAUGAUAAUGGUGAACGCAGCCCCGAGUCCAGUGUUCUGGAUGGGAUGAUAAGACAGUUACAGCAGCAGCAGGAUCAGAGACUGGGAGCAGAUCACGAUACCGUUCCAAGUGGACUUCCCAGUGGGGAAGAAACACCCCGAAGAGGUUUUAGAAGACUGAGCUUAGACAUCCAGUCCCCUCCAAAUAUUGGUCUGCGUCGUAGUGGACAAGUGGAAGGUGUUCGUCAGAUGCAUCAGAAUGCUCCACGCAGUCAGAUUGCUACUGAGCGUGACCUGCAGGCUUGGAAACGAAGAGUGGUUGUACCAGAGGUACCACUAGGCAUAUUUAGGAAAUUGGAAGACUUCAGAAUAGAGAAGGGUGAAGAGGAAAGAAAUCUUUAUAUAAUAGGAAGAAAAAGGAAGACUCUCCAGCUCACACAGAAGUGUGAGUCGCUGGCGCUGCUGUCCCAGUCCCGGCAGAGGACGUGCAGGCGCAGGCGCCUGAAUUACAGUCGAAGAAAUCUUGGGCGGCUUGAGCUGUCUUCUGGAAAUGAAUCUUCGAGCUCUGGAAGACACGAGACUUCCUGUGAUCAGAGUGAAGGUUCUUGCUCUUCUGAAGAAGAGGAGUGGAGGAGUGACAGGAGGAGUCAGAGUGACAGCGAAAGUUCAAGUGACUCGUCAUCUAGAUACUCUGACUGGACAGCUGAUGCAGGCAUCAAUUUGCAGCCUCCUUUACGAACGUCAUCACGUCGACGAGUUACCCGCUUUUGCAGUAGUUCAGAGGAUGAAAUGUCUACUGAGAAUUUAUCUCCUCCAAAAAGGAGACGAAAGAGAAAGAAAGAAAAUAAGCCUAAAAAAGAGAGCUUGCGGAGGAUGACUCCGGUGGAGCUUGCAAAUAUGGAACAUUUAUAUGAAUUUCACCCUCCCGUGUGGAUAACGGACACCACACUUCGAAAGUCUCCUUUUGUUCCUCAGAUGGGUGAUGAGGUAAUCUAUUUUCGACAGGGUCACGAAGCUUAUAUUGAGGCUGUCAGAAGAAAUAACAUUUAUGAACUGAACCCUAAUAAGGAGCCAUGGAGAAAAAUGGAUCUUAGGGAUCAAGAGUUGGUCAAAAUAGUUGGAAUACGAUACGAGGUUGGGCCCCCUACGCUCUGUUGCCUCAAACUAGCAUUUAUAGAUCCUGCAACUGGAAAACUUUUGGACAAAUCUUUCUCUAUUAGAUACCAUGAUAUGCCGGAUGUCAUUGACUUUCUUGUACUGCGUCAAUUUUAUGAUGAAGCAAGACAGAGGAAUUGGCAGUCUUGUGAUAGGUUCCGUUCUAUCAUUGAUGAUGCUUGGUGGUUUGGAACAGUGCUAAGUCAAGAGCCAUAUCAGCCGCAGUACCCUGAUAGUCAUUUCCAGUGCUACAUCGUUAGGUGGGACAAUACUGAAAUUGAAAAACUUAGCCCAUGGGACAUGGAACCAAUUCCUGAUAAUGUUGACCCACCUGAAGAGUUAGGAGCUAGUAUUUCUGUCACUUCCGAUGAGCUAGAGAAAUUACUCUACAAACCUCAAGAUGGUGAAUGGGGCCAGAAAUCGAGAGAUGAAGAAUGUGAACGAAUUAUUAGUGGUAUAGACCAACUUUUGAAUCUUGACAUAGCAGCGGCUUUCGCGGGGCCAGUUGAUCUGUGUACGUACCCGAAGUAUUGCACCGUAGUAGCUUAUCCAACCGACCUCUACACGAUUCGAAUGAGGCUCGUGAAUCGAUUCUACAGGAGGCUAUCUGCAUUAGUUUGGGAAGUCAGAUACAUAGAACAUAAUGCCAGGACAUUUAAUGAGCCUGAGAGUGUAAUUGCAAGAUCAGCUAAGAAGAUAACUGACCAACUUUUAAAAUUUAUCAAGAAUCAAGACUGUACACAUAUCUCAGAACUUUCUAACACUUCCGAAAAUGAUGAGCAAAAUGCCGAGGAUUUGGAUGAUAGUGAUCUUCCUAAAACAUCUUCUGGAAGAAGGAGAGUCCGUGAUUGGAAAAAAACGAGCAUCAAAGCCACCAACUAUGUUGAAAAUAACUGGAAGAAACAGUGUAAGGAACUAGUGAACUUAAUUUUUCAGUGUGAAGAUUCUGAACCAUUUAGACAACCUGUUGAUUUGGUUGAAUAUCCAGACUACCGAGAUAUUAUAGAUACUCCAAUGGAUUUUGGAACAGUAAGGGAAACUUUAGAAGCAGGAAAUUAUGACAGCCCUUUGGAAUUUUGCAAAGACAUCCGGUUGAUAUUUAGCAAUGCAAAAGCAUAUACACCAAACAAAAGAUCAAAGAUUUACAGUAUGACCUUGAGAUUGUCUGCCUUAUUUGAAGAAAAAAUGAAGAAAAUCUCCUCUGAUUUUAAAAUUGGUCAAAAAUUCAAUGAAAAACUUCGAAGAAGCCAGAGGUUCAAGAGACGGCAAAAUUGUAACCGUGUCAGUCAGGCUAACAGAAGUAUCAGAAAUAUCAAACAGAAGCGGUUAAAAUCUCAGACAAAAGUAAUUCCUGAAUUGGUGGGUUCUCCUGCCCACUCUCCCUCCAGUAGGGGUGCCUAUUCUGCAGGCCGUAAGACAGGUGCUAGUGUCUCUUCGGGCGUGACUUCUGGGGACUCCUCAGAUUCGGCAGGAUCGUCAGAAAGAAUGAGAAGACUUAGGACUGUCACUCUGAAAAAUGACUCCAUGUUAUCUGAAAGUGAAAUGGAAGAUUCCUUAGAUACCUCUUCAUCUUCAGCUUCAAAUAGUUCAGAGGAAAGCAAAGAGAGUUCAAGACCUCGGGAAUCUUCCUUACGUAGUGGGCUGGCCAGAAGCAGUAAUCUCCGGGUGACCAGAACCAGAGCUGCUCAAAGAAAAACUGGUCCAGUUUCUUUAGAAAAUGGAUGUGGCAGAAAAGCCACUCGAAAGAGAGUCUAUUUAAGUGACUCUGAUAAUAAUUCGGUGGAGGCUGGUGAGAGCCUAAAAGCCAGGGCUGGAAAUAACCGGAAAGUGCUACGAAAGUGUGCUGCUGUGGCUGCCAAUAAGAUCAAGCUGAUGAGCGACGUCGAGGAGAACUCUAGCUCUGAAAGUGUCUGUUCUGGCCGGAAGCUGCCUCACCGUAAUGCUUCUGCUGUGGCUAGAAAAAAGUUAUUACACAAUUCUGAAGAUGAUCAGAGCUUAAAGUCAGAAAUUGAAGAAGAGGAGCUAAAAGAUCACAAUCGACCAUCACCACUGUCCAAUUCUCAUGCUGCCCAGAAUACUGUGAAUGAAUCUGAAAAUGGGGAUUCAGAGUCAGAAAGUGACUUACGAGUAGCCCGAAAAAAUUGGCAGGCCAAUGGUUACAAGUCUCAUACUCUGGCAACUUCUAAAACAAAAUUUCUUAAGAUAGAGUCUUCUGAGGAAGACUCUCAAAGUCACGAUUCAGAUAAUGUACAGAACAGAACUGCUGGUCCGUCAACCUCUGGGCAGAAACUUAGGGCAAAAAGCAUCUCCGAGGAAGAGGAAGAAGCAGAUUCCGAACCGGGAAAGUAUGCUGGUAGAAAGUACAACACAGGUCGCAAGAAUCUUACUUUCCUUAAAAAAGCAAAGAUCUUCAGUGAUUCUGAGGACUCUGAAUCCGAAGAGCGAGAUCGAGAAGAUGGCCGAUGUCAUGAAAUGGACACGAACCCGAUCAGAGGGGGUUUGAAGUGUGAACCAAUUGCCGGGUCCCAGUGUUUCUCAGAUCAUGUAUCUGAGACCGAUUUGGAUUCAGAUGAUGACAAAACAAAAGAAAAACCCAACAGUUUUGUGAGAGAUUCUCCAUCACAAGACCAUGGACAAAGCAGAAAGGUUUCCAGGAAAAGGGUCUGCUCCAGUGACUCAGACAGCAAUUCCAAGGUGAAGAAGAAGUCCUCAAAAGCCAAAACGCGACCCCUCAGGACUCCUCGAAGAAGUGCCAGCACCGCCGCCGGUAAGAUCAAGCUCAUGAGCGACGCGGAAGACGGCAGUUCGGGCAGCGUGUGCACUAGAAGCCGACACGGGAGGAAGAAGCCCGUCCCUGCCGCCUGUGCCUCUUCGGCCCCGAAGAUGGGGAGCGAUUCGGAGGGAGCCGCAAGCUGUGAAGUGCCGGACGAGCCGUGUGCUUGCGGAGGGGGGCCGGGAGGCGGCCCUGCGGCCCCGGAGGGCCCCUCCGACUCGGAAGGUGCGCGCAGUUCCGAGCGCGGGGGCGCGGGCAGGCGCGCCCGGGGCCCCAGGGCGGACGGGGCGCCUCCCCAAGCCAGGCAUUCCUCCGCCGGGUCUUCAGGGGAAGAGUCGAAAAGCCAUAUUCCAGGGGGCGAGACGGGCAGGAAGAAGGUUUCCGCGGAGGCCGCUUCGGAGCAGAAAGCGGCUGCGGAGCCCAGCUUCGAGGAGGAGCUGAGUUACGGGCUGCGCAGGUGGAACGGCCGGCGGCUCCGGACCUACGGGAAGGCGCCGCUGCGGGGGGCGGCGGCGGCGGCGGCGGGGGCGGGGGCGGGGGCGGAAGCCGAGGCCGGGCGCAAGAGGCUGCGCCCCGAUCCGGGGGAGGCGCCGGGAACCGCGGCGCGAGGGGCGGCCCGGGGCGCGCGCGCCCCCAGCCCCAGCGCCAGGUCCGCGUCCGAGCCGGCCUCCGCCACCGAGUCCGACGGGGACUGUGCCGACGACGCCAACACCAAAAAGAGGAAAACGAAGGGAAAAGCGAAGGCCGCCGGAAAAGGUAAAGCCUGUGCGGCCGCCGCGUCCCGAAGCGCGCGGCGGCAGAGACAGAGCAAACGGCCCAGGUUGAGUGUGGACGAUAACGACUGGGAAGAUCUGGACUAUGCAAAGUCGAAAAGAGGGCUUCGGCGCUCGAAAAUAAAGACGAGGAAUCAGGGCAGAAGGACCGUGAGAUACCACGAUGGGGAUGAUGACAGAAGCUUAGAGAACGGGAUAGAUUUUGAUGAUUGCACCUUAUGACCUUGAGAGAAAACCAGUUCAUUCGAGGAGGAAAUGGACUGGGAUUUGUGGUGAAAGCUGGCUGUUGAAAUUAUUUUUUGUCCUACAAUUCAGGGAAUAUAUUUAUAUUUUUCUAUGAAAAGUUAUGAAUGUGACUAAAUCAUGACUGUUAUUUUUAUUUGCACUUGCUUGCCUUUGUAGCAGCGUUCAGCACAGGUGCCAAAAUAUGCUUCAUUUUGGGGGCAGAUCUACUUUGACAGUAUUGAACUACAGAGAGCAAGGAUUUGAAAUAUGUUCAACACUAGACAUCCUGGUUGUCAAAACCAAGAAGCAUUACUUUCACGGUAGCAAGUGUCAUGCGGUCAUUUGCUGAGUGCGUCCAGAGGUGGUAGUUUCUAACCCCUGUUCUGUUGUUGUAGAACAAUUUCACCCGUGGCCUAUGUUUACAGAUUCUUCAUAAAUAUUAUGUGCAUACUGACGGAACGAUCAUGGGAGGUGUGACCAUGAUUAGUAGGCGAGGUACCUACCACUUUUUUUUUUUUUUUUUUUUUUUCCCUUUUCUUUUAUUUCCCUGGCUACUUGAGCAGAAUGCAUUAUACCAGAUUUGGUCAUUUUCAUUCAAAUGGUUUCUCUCCAAAUGCUGUUGGGUCUUUUCUCUCUUUUUCUUUAUUUUUAAGGAAAAUGUCAUCACUUUUAUUUUAUAAACUUGAAUUUAUAAAGUGCUGGUAAAUUAUUUUUUAAGAUGUUUGGAUUGUAUAUUUUAAACCUCGAAGGCCCCAAGCAUAGCCCUGGCAUUUUCUUUUAAAUUGUGCACUAACAGAAUGCUAUAUAAUUUGUCUUUCCGAGAUCUCCUGAUUUCUGUGUAAGGGAUUUAACCAAAAUCUUGGUCUUCCAUAGUCUUACUCUGUGAAAUAGAGGAGUUUGUGUGCCUUAGAUUUAGGAAAAGUGUGUUCUUUAAUAGAGUGUACAGGGCCAAGAGAGUAUUUAAAUUAUACGUAGAUUCCCCCCCCCCCCAUUUCCAUUGAGAUUGUAGAGUUCAGUUUUGUUAAGAGUGCAAUCGCAAAUCUCAUCUAUAUAGGGAAAUAGUUCAAUGUCAUUCUCCACCUCUCCGUUUUAGCUUACUGCUGCCAUGUGCAAUCCCGACAUUCUUUGCGGGGGCAACUCAGUGCAUCUUUUGUUAGUGACCCCUAGUUUAAGAAACUGUCUUGUGUUGUGGGAGAAGACUUUUGGAAUCCAUUCAAAGUGAAACUUCUGUCACAUCAUCAAAUACCAUAGUACACUUAUUUUUGAGCCAAAUAUUUUUGCUUGAUAGGUUGUGCUACUCCGUAGAGUGUAGGUGGCCAUUCCUAGCUUGUUUGUGCCUGAAGAUGGACUUGAUUCCAAUGGUUUACAUAUUUCGUAGCUGAGGAGUAUGUUGCAGUACUCCUACCUCUGUUAUUUAUUGGCCCUGUGUUUGGUGUCAGACAAAAUUAAUCCUCUUCUCCUGUGUAUGCUUAAGGUGGCAGAUAUGGAAAAGCAUCAGACUCUGGUAUCAAUGUUAGAGAAUGUUCUUAAGUUUGUUACUUUUUAGUCAUCUAUUCUAUUUGACAUGGUAGAAGGUACUUUCUAUUCUGAUGUAAGGGGAAGGAUGUUUUUGGACAUUACCAACCGAGACAGGUGGGAUGCCUGUCUCUCCUUUGGUUGUUUGGAGAGCUGUCGCCGCUUCAAAACUAUGAUGCUCUUCUUCUCAAAGCUUGUGUUGAGGGUAUAGUACAGAGAGAGUGAUUCAGGAGAAUUGUCCUUGACUAUUGACCUGAAAAAAUUAAUGGAAUGUUCUUUACUUCCCUAGUUUUAAGAAAUGGUGAUAGAUGUCAUUUCCAUUAAUUUAUUUAAACUCUUCUUAAGCUUCUCUGUUUUAUAUCUAUUCUCAGGGUUAUAACUCCAUGUUUACCAUCAUCUGCAAAAAGGUACCAAAAAAAUCCAUAAAUAAAAAUAGAGAAUACAUUCUAAAUCUAUAAAUUAUUUUGUAAGAUGAUACUUUGAUCAUUUAGGCUUCAUCGGUAGAACUAUUCUUAAUCUUUUGGCCUGAGUUAACUGGUCAUAGAUUGGCUGGUCAACCAAUUACUGAUUUUUCUUUCUGUCCAAAAUGGUUAGACCUUUGUAUAUAGAAAGCAGUGUUUUGGUUUCAUCUGGGGAAAAAAAAAAACCAAGAAUUUGUCCUGGUGACUUUGAAGGCAUGGUUGACAGUGGUAGCUUCUCCAGUUCUGAAGUAAAACUAAGGGAUUAUAGUGAGAAUCAUUUUUAUGGGUUUUUUUGGUCAUGGUGCUAUUCCUAAGGUUAACUUUGAAUAUGUGACACACACUCCUACGUACUUUAAGGAAAAUUAAUAAAUAAUUAAUAGUUCAAAAUGUUUACAUUGAGCACUAGAACAUGUUUGACUUUUUUUCUACUUUAUGCGAAUUGCGCAGGGAUUUAAUGCACGGAUGUACUUUAAUGUGUUUGGGAUCAGUUUGUAUUUUCUUGUGAAAAAGACAAAAGGUUGCAAAUUGAAUGUGAACUGAUCCAGAAGUAAGUGCUAUCUGGCUUUCCAUUGCACUUGAAGUAACUUGAUGGUGUACAUGAAAACAAACCAGAACGAAACUACUGUGGUCGUGUAUGUCCAAAGCCCUAUGAUUUUAUUCCUUUAUGGUUGGAAAAAGGUCUGUGGUUAUCAGACUUGAUUUUUGAUUCCUUUGAAAGUAUUAAGGAAAAAAGAUGUCAAACAUUUAAAAAAUAGCUGAGGUUUAAAAAGCAUUUUUUUCGUAUCAUACUUAUUUUAAAAGGGUAUACUGACAAUGUGUAGUAACUUCUGAAUAAAAGGGAAAGUGUAUCCCAUUUUCAGAUACUUCUUAGGGUGGUCGUUCUCCCUUUUUUAUUUUAGGGGAAAAUCUCUGAUUAAAUCCUUUCUCAAUUUAGAAAUGCUUGGAAAGAAUGAUAAAGCGUUUAUUCACAGCUUCUCAGUUACAACAUGAGAGUUUCUUCUAAGUAGUAAAGAGUCGUACCUAAAAAAGCAAAUUAAUUUUAUAAUAUGAAAAUGGGGAGAAGAAUUUCUGCUCGGGGAAAAGGCACUUCAGAACCUGGAAUUGCAAAUGGAAAAGGAGAUCUGAAGCCAAAAGAAAUGCCAUCUUGAAAGUAUUACUGUCCCCAAAUAAUAAGACCUGUCACUGAAUCUUCACGCUCCAUUGGUUAAUGACAUCUUAGGUAAAACAUUCUUAGAAGCCUCCCUACUUAGAAGGGUUCCUACUACAUCCCCUGUCCCUCUCCUAGCCUUUUAAAAUAACCAGAACACAGAAUGUAUUAACUAAAGUGUAGUGCUUUAAAAAAAACCAAAUUGAAAGGAUUUUAAUCUCUUUUGUCAGUGCACAUUGAACUUGAUCAUGCCGCUUGAAAACAAUGAGGUUUGUGUGUCAGUAGAAUGCAAAGUGUUGUUCAAGGCGCUCACGGUAUUUGUAGUUUUCCUUCCUACUCUACCGUAUUGGUUUUUUUGAGUAACUUUUAAAUGACUAGAACAGGUCGGGUGUGCCUUGCCCUUUAUAGCUGAACUAUCAGCUCCACCCUUUUUAUCCAUAUUAAGUCAGCGUAUUUACUUUCUCACGCACCUUGUAGUUGUCCACAAACACUUCAGCACCUUACACUGUAUGGAACUUGUAGUUCAGUUAUCUCGUGGUAUGAUGGAGUGCACCAGAGCGCCUUCACUGCGAAAGAACUUUCCAUUAUUACCUAAGUCGAUCUCUCAACUCCCGCUGUGGAUAACAGCAAAUAAUAAAGCAGAAACCGUAAGAAAUUUGCAGCUUCGCUGUUUAAGACGGUCUUGAUUCUAGUAUUUGGGAACAAAGACCAAACCCAAGUAUAAUUUGUCAAAGCCAGGGAGAAAAUGGAACGUUGUGGAAAAAUCUAGUCCAACCAGAUUAGCAUGCCAAUACCACUUUGGUAGCUCAAAAUUGUGAAUUAAUGGAGAGGAUUAAAGUGUAAAGACUAUAA